AUGGAAACCACCACCCACAAAGAACCCAUUCCACUCGACCCCAACGUCCUCGCAGCACUCCCCCGCGGAAGCAAAAUUCUCUCAACCUCCCGACAGGGAACCAGCUUCUUCACCAAGACCGGACGCAUCGACACCCAACUCCCCACCGACAUUCUAAAGACCUACUUCAUCAAACUCUUCACCCAAGAAGGCGGCCAAAACAUGGUCCGAGGCGAGUACGAGUCCAUGAAAGCCAUACGCGCCGUGACCCCGUCUUUCGCACCAAAGCCACUAGGCUGGGGAACCUACUCGCAGGAUCCCCACACGCAUUUCUUCCUCUGCGAUAAAUCGCCGAGUGGAGCGUUCGGAUUCCACGUUGACACGUGGAGUGGGAAUAUACCCCAGCGGAACGGGUGGGAGGGGAGCUGGGAGGUUUUCUUUGCGAAGAAUAUGCGGUGGGCGCUGGAAUGCGAGAUCAGGGUGAAGGGGUUUGAUUCGGAAUUUGAGACUCUGGUGCCGGUUAUUUUUGAGAAGGUGAUUCCACGGCUGCUGAGGCCGUUGGAGAGUGACGGUCGAGUGGUGAAGCCUUCUCUUGUGCAUGGGGAUCUGUGGUAUGGGAAUUCGGGGGUUGAUGUGACGAGUAACGAGUCGCUUGUUUUCGACGCUUGUUGCCUCUAUGCGCAUAAUGAAUAUGAAUUCGGUCAAUGGCGACCAGUAUGCAAUAGAUUCGGACCGGAAUAUUUGACUGCAUACCACCGGUACAACGAGAUCUCAGAACCAAAAGAAGACUAUGAUGGCCGAUUAGACCUUUAUAAGCUUCGAUUCAACACCCACGUCUCUGCUUUGUUUCCAGACAACGAAGCCCUAAGAGAGCAAAUGCUUAACGAUAUGAGGGAUCUAGUUCGGCGAUAUGGAUAAACUUUGAGAGGAGUCUGCAC